AUGGCGGCUUCCGCUAAACAAUGGCUGCAGAAACGGCCAUCGCACAGCGUGGGGCUUUGUUUUAGAAACAAUAAGGCGUGCGGCCAUGAUGGCGAAAUGUCGAAUCUACCCGCGGUACACCCCGCGGCGUCGCAAAUACGAAAUUCACGCGCAAAAAUGGCGGGCGGAGGCAAUUUUUUACAAAUGGCCGCCGGGCGAGAGACUCAGGUGGUCUGUUUAGAGCAGUUUUCAGAGCGCUGGGGUUGCCCUGCGUGUGCACGCAUCGACUCUAAUGAGUAUUAUCUACGCCGC